CGCCACUCCGCGCACUUGGUCCCGGCGCACCGGCCCCGCGUCAGUUGUGCCAGGACAGACCUUCGCUCACGAACUCUGCGCAGGAUUGGAACAUCAAUUAACUGCUGACCACUGGCAGCCCACCCUUCCCACCCACAUCCAUCAUACCUCUGGGCCCCAGAGAGAAAGCAGGUCUUGGAGUGCACCAUGAUUUCACCAUUCUUAGUGCUGGCCAUUGGCACCUGCCUUACCAACUCCUUAGUGCCAGAGAAAGAGAAAGACCCCAAGUACUGGAGAGACCAAGCUCAGCAGACCCUGAAAAAUGCCCUGAGGCUUCAGACUCUCAACACCAAUGUGGCUAAGAAUGUCAUCCUGUUCCUGGGAGAUGGGAUGGGCGUCUCCACGGUGACGGCCGCCCGCAUCCUCAAGGGUCAGCUCCACCACAACCCGGGGGAAGAAACCAGGCUGGAGAUGGACAAGUUUCCCUAUGUGGCCCUCUCCAAGACAUACAACACCAACGCCCAGGUCCCUGACAGCGCGGGCACCGCCACUGCCUACUUGUGUGGGGUGAAGGCCAAUGAGGGCACCGUGGGGGUGAGCGCGGCGACCCAGCGCACCCUGUGCAACACCACUCAGGGCAACGAGGUCACCUCCAUCCUGCGCUGGGCCAAGGAUGCAGGGAAAUCCGUGGGCAUUGUGACCACCACACGCGUGAACCACGCCACCCCCAGCGCCGCCUACGCCCACUCUGCUGACCGGGACUGGUACUCGGACAACGAGAUGCCCCCAGAGGCUCUGAGCCAGGGCUGCAAGGACAUCGCCUACCAGCUCGUGCACAACGUCAGGGACAUCGAGGUGAUCAUGGGGGGCGGCCGGAAGUACAUGUUCCCCAAGAAUAGAACCGAUGUGGAAUAUGAGAUGGACGAGAAGGCCAGGGGCACGAGGCUGGAUGGCCUGAACCUCAUCGAUAUCUGGAAGAGCUUCAAACCGAAACACAAGCACUCUCACUAUGUCUGGAACCGCACCGAACUCCUGGCCCUCAACCCCCACACCGUGGACUACCUCUUGGGUCUCUUUGAGCCAGGGGACAUGCAGUAUGAGCUCAACAGGAACAAUGUGACUGACCCUUCGCUCUCCGAGAUGGUGGAGAUGGCCAUCAAGAUCCUGAGCAAGAACCGCAGAGGCUUCUUCUUGCUGGUGGAAGGGGGCAGGAUUGACCAUGGACACCACGAGGGCAAAGCCAAGCAGGCGCUGCACGAGGCGGUGGAGAUGGACCGGGCAAUCGAGCAGGCGGGCGCCAUGACCUCCGUGGAAGACACACUGACUGUCGUCACCGCUGACCACUCCCACGUCUUUACCUUUGGCGGGUACACCCCCCGUGGCAACUCUAUCUUUGGUCUGGCCCCCAUGCUGAGUGACACAGACAAGAAACCUUUCACCGCCAUCCUGUACGGCAACGGGCCUGGCUACAAGGUGGUGGGCGGUGAGCGAGAGAACGUCUCCAUGGUGGACUAUGCUCACAACAACUACCAGGCCCAGUCUGCCGUGCCCCUGCGCCACGAGACCCAUGGCGGGGAGGACGUAGCCGUCUUCGCCAAGGGCCCCAUGGCGCACCUGCUGCACGGCGUCCACGAACAGAACUACAUCCCCCACGUGAUGGCUUACGCGGCCUGCAUCGGUGCCAAUCGCGACCACUGUGCCUCCGCCAGCUCAUCGGGCAGCCCUUCCCCAGGCCCCCUGCUGCUCCUGCUGGCCCUGCUCCCCCUAGUCGUCCUGUUCUGAGGCCCCAGAGCCCAGGCACCCACCAGCCCAUGACAGACGGCCGGCCUCCCUCUCCCAGUGCUGCCCUCUGCCUGGCAGCCCACACCUCAAGGGGGGCGGGAGGCAGAGGCCUCCACAGCCUCUGCAGCUGCCAGAACGGGGACCCAGGAAACCAAAGUCUGCCUGCUGCCCACCUCGCUCCCCUCUGGAAUCCUCCACUGGGGCUAGACCAGUUGCUGGCCUCCAGCCUCCACCCCCACCUGCAGCCCCUUUGGCCAACAGGGUAGGUUUCUCUCAGGCAGGCAGAGAUCAUAGACUGCAGAAAUUCUCAAAGUGUCUUAUUUUUCUAGCAGACAUAUUUCUCCAGACCCAGAGGCCCGGGAGCUUCUAUGGAACAUUCUGGAUCUCACCCUCCCACUCCCUUCUCCUUUCCUCUGGAACCCACCAGGCCCCACCAGGCUCAUGUCCCUGACCCCAAACCCAGUCCUAACUGCAGGGAGACCAAGUCCCCCUCCUCAGGAUGGGGGUUUGCUCACUCACUCAUUCCAAGGCUGCCCAGGGUUCCCAGGAAGUCAGCUCCUGGGACUGGCUGUCCAGGGUGGCCCAGGCUGGGAAGAGCAGCCUGGCAAAGCAGACGCCUCCCAGCUCCGGACACACAUGCCGGCUCCUCUCUGAAGCAACUCUCCUGUUUGGAACAGCCAACAAAUUUUCUCUUUUUGGUGUUGGUUAAAAGGGAACACAAAACAUUUAAAUAAAACUUUCCAAAUAUUUCUGA